AUGUUGCUCACGACAACAGCCGCGCGCCGUCGCUCGGCCCGCGUCUCCGCCUCUCACACUCACACACACACUCCGUCCUGGACUCCAGUCCAGUCAAUCAACAUCACAAAACGCCCCUCGCUCCGCCCCGUCCGCCGCCCGAAGACUACAAGUCCCAGAAGGCGCCGCGCGCGCCGCCACGUGUUUUCCCCGCUGGCCAAUAGGAGGCAGCGCCGCAUGCGCUUGCUCCCGCCCCCCGGCGCCAACGAGCCAAUCAGAAGGAAGGAUGUGUGUGUGCGAGGGCCAGUGGGGAGGGGGACUCGCCGCAGCACCGGGAGGCCCUGCCACUCGCAGCUGCCGGGGUCUCCUCUGGGGCGGCCGGCCGCUCGCUCGGAGCGCUCGGUCCGCAGGCGGCGGAGGGGCGGGCGGGCGGGCGGGCGGGGGUGCCCCCUCCGCGCCCACCGCGCGCGUGCGCACCCGACCCUCCUUCCCUCCCUCCCUCCCUCCCUCCCCGCCGCGGUGCUCGGGUCCCGCGCGGCGGCGGUUCCUCUCCCCUCCCUCCCCUCUCCUCCCCCAGCCCUGGCUCCCGGGGACCCCGCGAUGCCGGUGCGCACCGAGUGUCCCCCGCCGGCCGGUGCGCCGGGCGCCUCCGCGGCCUCGCUCAUCCCGCCGCCGCCCAUCAACACGCAGCAGCCCGGCGUGGCCACCAGCCUGCUCUACAGCGGCUCCAAGUUCCGCGGCCACCAGAAGAGCAAGGGCAACUCGUACGACGUGGAGGUGGUGCUGCAGCAUGUGGACACAGGGAACUCUUACCUUUGUGGGUACCUGAAGAUUAAAGGCCUUACUGAGUAGUAUCCAACCCUUACAACCUUCUUUGAAAGGAGAAAUAAUCAGCAAAAAGCACCCCUUCUUAACCCGAAGUGGGAUGCUGAUGAAGAUGUUGAUAGAAAACACUGGGUAAAAUUUCUUGCUUUUUAUCAGUAUGCAAAAUCUAUUAACUCAGGAUGACUUGAUUAUGAGGAACUGAAGAAUGGGGAUUAUGUCUUCAUGAGGGUGGAAGGUAAGGAACAGUUCCUGGUCCCAGAUCACACGAUCAAAGACAUCAGUGGUGCUUCCUUUGCUGGCUUCUACUACAUCUGCUUCCAGAAGUCAGCAGCCUCCAUAGAGGGCUACUAUUACCAUCGGAGUUCAGAAUGGUAUCAGUCCCUCAAUCUAACUCAUGUUCCUGAACACAGCGCUCCCAUCUAUGAAUUCCGGUGACAGUGGUUCAGAGCAGCAACCAAAUGAAACUGAACUUGGCAAAGAAGAAUUUUGCCAAGAAAAUUGUGUACCUGCCAGAACCAGGAGAACACAUGUUCCUGUUUCUUCAUGAGCAGACUCACAUCAGAAAGCAUGAAUGUUAACCCACAGAAUCCAAGGAGCAUGGCCGACCAGCGGGACAGGCAGAGGAAGCGAUUUCCGUUCUUCCUCCCUCUCUGUGGCAGUUUGGUUUUAAUCUGUUUUUAAGCUACCUUAAAUGCACUUUUCCUUCCUGCACAGCUAAUUUCUGUGUCACUGAAAUGCCCCUGUCUUUUCCAUCCCUGCCCUUACCAAGUAGGAAGUCAUCCUCUAUCCUUCACCCUCAGCCUUGGUGCUCAGUGGUCCCCACCCAGGCCUCCCUCUUCACUAUUUCUCCCCUUCUCCAUCUUUCUCUUUUCCCAGUUGCUUAGUCUGGUAGCUCAAGAGAAGGCAGAGCCCCAGCACCUGCAUGCCCCUCAGACAUUUGUGUGGGGUGUUGGCGAGCUGCAACAGCACCUGCCAGUGAGACAUGAGGCAGAAGCUGACUGCCUAAUGGAUCAGCUGGCACUGCCCAGCCCUGUGAGGAUAACAACAAGCUGGUCCAUAGCUGGCAGGUUCUCUUGUCUGCCAUCAGGGAUCACCACACUUAAGGCUUCCAGAUCCCUGGCAGGAACAGUUUCCAGUCCUGCUCACUCAGCACGUUUGCUCUAAAUUUUUGAACUUGAGGGCAAUACUAAACUUUAAAAGAAAAAAGAGGUUUUUUAUUACAAAAUUAUUUUUAUGGUCCCUUUAACAAGGACUCUAUGGCAUAUGCACAAUUAUUCAGAAUUACAUUUUAACGUUUUCACAUUGAAAACAACAAAUGUUGACUUAGUAAUUUUUAUACCUUAUAUCUAUAUGUAAAUGUAUAUUUAAUCAACCAGCAGUUUGAAACAAGUCAUCUGGUACAAAAGUUUUUCAGCAUUGCAUAAAUUAAUAGUGCUAAACAGGAGAAUUCUUUUUGGGGCCAGUUUAGCAUUUGUACCUCCUUUUGCUACUCAAAAUAGCAGUGCUUCGUGGCCACCUUCUCCACCGGGCAGAAGGGGUCCUCGU